GUCAAAUUCCUGUAGAAGCUUAAAAGGAUGAAAAGGAAAAAACCCCAUUUUCUUAUUUAUAUUUUCCUCUGAAAUCAAAAUAAAAAUCUCACUCCAAUAACCAAGCUUCCGUCUAUUGUUUCUUUCCUCUAUCCAUAUUCAACUUUCCUUUUCUUCUUCCAAGAUCACAUUUUUCUUUGACCCUUUUGCUCCCUCUCUGGAAUUCCCCUCUUCACCCACUUCUCCUUUAAGUCAAUUUCAUGUUUCUCUGUCUUAGAUCGUAGAUCUUGCUGUCGGUGGGUUGAUCGGAGUAGAUGUCGCCGUCAAACGGGUUGCAGAACGGCGGCGGCGGAGGCGGCGGUAAUGGGUUGAGUUACAUAGAACACCAGGUUUCAAAGUUUGACACUCUUGCUGGUGUGGCAAUCAAGUAUGGUGUUGAGGUAGCUGACAUCAAAAGGAUGAAUGGGUUAGCCACAGAUCUUCAAAUGUUUGCACUGAAGACAUUGAAAAUUCCAUUACCAGGACGUCAUCCACCAUCUCCUGCUCCUGGUCCACAAGAUGAACCUGCCAAGUCAGGAGAUUCUAGCAUUGAGAGGAAACCCCUACGCAUAGGUCAAUCUGCCAUGAAGGAACCUCUCCAGUCCUUACGACUGAAACCUCCUCAGCCAAAUGUUUCUCCAGCUAUGAGCAUUUUACAGAAAUUCUAUGGCCUCAAAUCUUCAGAUUCCAAAGAUACAUUCAAUGGAACAGAAAUGGCAGUUUAUACACCCUUGAGUUCUGAUCAUUCUAGAGGGGAAUGGCUUCCCAAAGCUUCUCCAAUUUCAGACCUUCAAUCAGCAACAAAUGAUUACCCCAAGUCAACAAAUUUAGUCUAUGAUCUACUGACAGGGGAUGGUGAUUACAUUCCUCUUGCAGAAAUUGUGGAUGAAAGGUCUGAUGAGAAAUCUGUCCGAAGACGUCAGAAAGCUGAAGUUGAUAAUGGAGCUACUACCCCAGAAAAGCUUUUGAAAGAAGGAAAUGGCAAUGGAUCAAAUGGUUUUUCUUCAACUGGAAAAACAUUAGCCAUGAGGCCGAAAUCGGCUAGCCGAGCAGCACUGUUUCCUGAUUCAGAAUCAGGAUGGUUAGAUUCAAUUCCAGUGGGGUUGGGAGAAUCUAUAUUCACCGAUGCCCUCUCCGGCGUGCGCAAAUCGUCCAGUGCAUCAAGCCUCAGAGAGCAGGAAAAGAUGAACUCAGCAACAGCCUGGCCGCCGGCGAUAUGGAACUUGAAACCGGACUUGCAAGCAGCCAUUUCCAAGCCUAUCUUUGAUGGUUUGCCUAUUCCAAUCACUGGCCGCAGAAGCAAAGCUGCCCUUGAUUAGUGUAAAUUGAUUCCCUUUUGAGCAAAUUAUUUUUUGACAUUACAUGAACAUAAAUUGCAACAGAUGCACAACUGCUUCAGGUUAGUAAGCCUGAACAGAGAAGGUAAAGAAAGAAAAAAAAAAAGAUAAAAAACAAGAUUACACAACUAGGAUAUUUAUUUAUUCCAAGCCUAGGAAGGGGUAGAUGACCUCCUAAGGAGAAAAGUUUCAGCAGUAAGUAACUGAGUAAAAGGUGCUUGAAAAUGCUAAGCAACUGGUUUUUCAUGUGUACCAAUAAUGUAAAUUGGUCAACCCCACCUGGUGAUAAAGAGUUAUUUACAUAUUGAUAAUUUCCUUUGUUAAAUGAUGGAGUCGGUGAUUAACUGUAUCAUGUUAUUAUUAUUGAAUACAUUAUGUAAGUAUUUAUGAUAUUUUUUCUUCAGACCAAUUAUACUGCAAUAGGAUUUAAUUUGUGUAAACCAUGUUUACAGGGUUACUUUACUAGUUCUUUACCCUCAUUCAUAUAUCUUAACAUUUGAGUGUAUUCUGUUCUGUCAUCUCAUCUGUUCAGCAAUGAAACUCUUCAUCUUAUGAUGAUUAUUUGA